AUGUCAUCUGCAGUUCGAGCCCUGUUGCUUGUGCUGCUAGGAGCUGGAGUCUUGCUGUCCAGUGGUGACUCUCCACGCCGGGAAAUUAAAAUAGAUGGAGACCUGGUUCUUGGAGGCCUUUUUCCAAUACACGAGAAAGGCCAGGGCAUGGAUGAGUGUGGGCGCAUCAAUGAGGACCGGGGCAUUCAACGUUUGGAAGCCAUGCUCUUUGCCAUAGACCAGAUCAACCAAGAUAUGAGCCUGCUGCCUGGUGUCUCACUGGGUGUCCACAUACUAGACACGUGCUCCAGGGAUACAUAUGCACUAGAGCAAGCACUAGAGUUCGUCAGAGCAUCACUGACCAAGGUGGACGACACUGAGUUUAUCUGUCCUGAUGGUUCGUAUGCAUUUCAGGAGGACAGCCCGUUGGCUAUUGCUGGAGUUAUCGGAGGUUCCUACAGCAGCGUCUCCAUACAGGUUGCAAACUUGUUGCGCCUGUUCCAGAUCCCUCAGAUAAGCUACGCAUCUACGAGUGCCAAGCUGAGUGACAAAUCCCGCUACGACUAUUUUGCUCGCACUGUCCCUCCGGAUUUCUACCAAGCGAAGGCCAUGGCUGAGAUCCUACGUGCCUUCAACUGGACAUAUGUCUCUACAGUGGCAUCCGAGGGUGAUUAUGGCGAGACAGGAAUCGAGGCCUUCGAGCAGGAGGCGCGUUUCCGCAAUAUAUGCAUUGCUACAUCAGAAAAAGUGGGUCGCUCCAAUGCAAAGCGCUCCUCGUAUGAAGCAGUGGUGCGCCAGCUUCUUCAGAAGCCCAACGCUCGUGUGGUCGUGCUGUUCCUGCGUAGUGAUGAUGCCCGAGAGCUGUUGGGUGCUGCCACCCGCCUCAAUGCCUCCUUCCUUUGGGUGGCCAGCGAUGGCUGGGGGGCGCAGGAGAGCAUCAUCAAAGGAAAUGAGUUCACAGCAGAUGGCGCGAUCACAUUAGAACUCGCAGCACAUCCCAUACUCGAGUUCAACCGCUACUUCCAAAGCCUCAGUCCUCUUAACAAUCACCGGAACCCAUGGUACAAAGACUUCUGGGAACAGAAGUUCCAAUGCUCUUUGAGUACAACCUCACAGGCAGCGGCAGGAACUAUGAAACCACCCUGUGACCCAAAGCUGGCGGUGGAUGAUUCAAACUUCGAGCCCGAGUCGAAGAUCAUGUUUGUGGUAAACGCAGUGUACGCUAUGGCACACGCAUUACACCGUAUGCAGAGGAUGCUGUGCACUAACACCACACGCCUUUGUGAUGCCAUGCGCAGUCUCGAUGGCAAGAAGCUCUACCGGGACUUCCUGCUUCAUGUCAACUUCAGAGCUCCAUUCUCCCCUCCUGGCUCAGAAAACAUGGUAAAGUUUGAUCAAUAUGGAGAUGGCAUGGGCCGAUACAAUAUCUUCAACUAUCAGCGAAUUCCAGGUAACGACCGGUUUGGCUACAUCCAUGUUGGUGAAUGGGCAGAAACGCUGUCUCUUAAUGAGUACCUGGUUGGCUGGCCACGUGGAACAGGUGUUCCCACCUCUCAAUGCAGUGACCCAUGUGCUCCAAAUGAGAUGAAGAAGAUGCAAGCAGGCGAGUACUGUUGCUGGAUCUGCACCCCUUGCGAGCCCUAUGAAUAUCUGCCAGAUGAAUUCACUUGCGCACCCUGUGCUCUGGGCCAGUGGCCUCGGGCAGACCUGAGUGGUUGCUAUGACUUGCCUGAGGACUACAUCAUGUGGGAGGAUGCCUGGGCUAUUGGGCCUGUGUCUAUUGCUUGUGUGGGCUUUAUUUGUACUUUACUGGUCUUCGCUGUUUUUAUCCGCCAUAACGAAACACCACUGGUCAAGGCCUCUGGCCGGGAGCUAUGCUACAUCCUCCUUCUCGGAGUCCUCAUGUCCUACUCCAUGACUUUUGUCUUCAUCGCCAAGCCCUCACCAGCCGUGUGUGCUUUGCGGCGUCUUGGCCUUGGAACCUCAUUUGCAGUCUGCUACUCGGCAUUGCUGACGAAGACCAACCGCAUCGCCCGCAUCUUCAAUGGUGUGAAAGAUGGUGGUGUACAGCGGCCACGAUUUAUCAGCCCUAGCUCACAGGUCUUCAUCUGCCUGGCACUCAUCUCUGUCCAGCUUCUGCUUGUGUCCAUGUGGCUGCUGCUGGAGGUGCCUGGUACUCGGCGCUUCACCCUGCCUGAGAAGCGUCAGACAGUCAUUCUGAAAUGCAAUGUACGGGAUUCCAGCAUGCUAUUGUCACUUAGCUACGAUGUUGUUCUGGUGGUGCUCUGCACUGUCUACGCCUUCAAGACUCGGAAGUGCCCUGAGAACUUCAAUGAGGCCAAGUUCAUCGGCUUCACCAUGUAUACCACUUGUAUCAUCUGGCUUGCCUUCCUGCCCAUCUUCUAUGUCACGUCUAGUGACUACAGGGUUCAGACCACCACAAUGUGUAUAUCGGUGAGUCUCAGUGGUUUUGUGGUACUGGGCUGCAUGUUUGCUCCUAAAGUCCACAUCAUCAUGUUCCAACCACAGAAGAACGUUACCAGUCACCGGCUCAACCUGAACCGCUUCAGUGUCAGUGGUCCACCUGCUACCUACGCGUCACACGCAUCUGUGAGUGGUCACUGUGUCCCAAUGGUGUGUAAUGGCAGAGAAAUCGUCGACUCCACCACUUCUUCUCUGUGA